GAUUUGAUCGUUUCUUUUAUUUAUUUGAAUUUUAAAUAAAAUAAAUCCUAAAAUAUUCAAAAGGAAUAAUUUUACCCAAGUACAAAUUUUUUUUCUCACUCAUAUCUUUUUAAAUUUGUGUUCUCACAUACGUGCGUCGAAACGUCAAUUUCAAAGCUUGAAAAAAAUAUUCAAGUAUUAAAAAAUUUUUUAAUACUUUUAAACUAAUGAAAAGUCUUUCCUUCAUUAAAUUACGAACAUAAAUUAUGAACCCAAUAAAACAUGAAACGAACAUUUUUUUACAAUCCAAUUUCUUUGAUGUUUUGAAAUGACCAUUUUUACUAAAAAUGGCCAUAGAAAUCUUCAGAAAAAAAAAACAGAUUCUAACUUGACCAUUAUUUAUGUGCGAGUAAACAUUUUCGAAGACAUUGAAGAAAUUACGAUAUUUGAGGAAACAUUCUACAAUUGCAUGUCAUCAAAGUUCUUGACAGAACGUGAAUGAAAAUUAUCAAGCAUUAAUUCCGCGAAAUUUGUUUUUUGUUCGUAAUGAGAUAAUUUGUUAAAAACGACAACAAAAAAUAUUUUCUGCUAUUGAAAAUGACAACACUAUUCAUAUCGGUGUUUUUGAUAAAUAUCUCAGCUUCAUUUUUCCGAUCCAACUUCUGUUUAUUCAUAUUACUUUGAAUUUCUUAUAUAGAAUGGCUGAAAACUGUCGUCCUCAACGGUCGGUAAGGCCCCCGUUACGCCAUUUAGAUAUGGUUGCACUGCCAUCAACAUCAUCUUCCGAUGAACACGAUGUUGGCGGUAGUUACGUCGGUAACGGCAAUAUCGAUGAUGUAUCGGUGAUUCGAGCUGCGCUCUAUGGUUGUGCUGUUCUUACAGGGACAGAGCAUCUCGUUACCGAAGGCGAUCGUCAACCCAACGUUUUACAUGACGGAACACAGAACGAUUUUGACGGCCACCACGACACGGAUACAGAUUUCAACAGACAGACUCACUACAAUGAACAAAACUAUGACGACGUAAAUGACGAUUCGAAUACACGAAAUCAAGACAACGGACGAAACCAUUACAAUGGACACGGGAAUAUUUUAAAUAGACAAAAUCAAUGCGACGGACAUAAAGAUUUUACAAAUGGACAAAACCAUGAUGGACGUGAGGACACUACAGACGGACUAAAUCACUACAACGGACCUGACCAACAGAACGAUAUAACAGAUGGACGGCACGAACCAGAGCUUUUGGUGAGCAGCCUUCUAGAUCUGACGAGAACUAGUCGAGGAGUGUCAACAUCGCCCGAAGAUUCUCGAGUUUCUCAUUUUCACGAUUCACCGCAAUCUAUUGAAAAAUCGGCUGUGGUCCCAAUGCCCUUAUCGACCGAGUCAACUACUCUUCGGAAAAUUUUAAAGAUAGUAACUCGUAUGGAACAAGAGCAUAACAAUUUCAGAAACGAACUGAAAGAUGCGUUGAUCACCUUGGCAAGACGUUUCGACUCGGUAAGCGGAGCCGAAUAUUCCGAGAAGCCUGAGUGUUUACCUCUGCGGAAAAUUUCACAACUGCAGAAAUACGAAAACUGCACGGAGGAGGAGCAUAAUAGAGUGAUUCAUUAUCUGAGUUCGUUGGGAGGUACCGAUCCACGGACUUGUGCUUUCAUCAUGAUUAAAGAGGCGAUACACGAUAAACUAGCUCCCAAAAUAAAUUUCUACGGGCGGCAUGAAGGGACAUCGUCUCUCGAAAAUACAAAAUUGAUUAAAGGAAUUUAUAAUGCUAUGAGUAGAAGACCGCGACCCAAUGAUUUCGCUACAUGAUUUCGCAAGCACAAUCACAUCGGCCCUUCGCGCUGCAAAGCAGCGGCGUCGCAGUAAAAUUCAAACAAAAAAUAUUACUGUGGGCAAAGAAUGAAUAAAAAAGAAAAAACUUUAUUAAAUAAA